CUUACUUCACGACGCACUAGGGACGAGAAUCAUCGCAACGGAGUUGGCGUGACGGCCGUGCGCAGCGCGACAGGCGACAGUUCGCAACCGUUCGUUGAUACGUGCCGACGUUGGCAGGACCGCGAAGAGUUUCCGCCGUUUUCACAAACGUUUAAAAAUUUUUCAACCCUUUACACUGCCGAAGAGUUUAAUCAUUAUCACGAGAACUGGUUUUCCGAUGUGUUAAUAGUCACGCGUCUUUCGAGAAGCUGCCUUUCUGGAUGCUUUAUUGGGAAAGUAUCAAGAAACGAUGACGUCAUGUACUGAAACAUAAGCUGUUUUUCUCAUAGCAGGUGUGGGACAUACUGACAAGAAAAAACUUUAAUUCAAAAAGAUUGCUUGUUAAUUUCUUGCAAUAAUGGAUUCGGAAGAGGAAACACUUUAUGACGAUGUUGACUCUGGCAAUGAAUCAAGCGGUGAUGAUGUUGACUUUGCCAUGGAAAUAGAAUCUGGUAAUCCACGCGAACGAGCUACUGAUGUCGAUGAAUAUCCUUUUGAAGUACUUUCUACAGAAGAAAUUGUACAGCACAUGGUCGAUUCCAUAAAAGAAGUUAACACUGUUGUUGAAAUACCAGCAACAACUACACGUAUUUUAUUAAAUCACUUUAAAUGGGAUAAAGAAAAAUUGAUGGAACGUUUUUAUGAUGGUGAUCAAGAAAAAUUAUUUGCUGAGGCACGUGUCAUUAAUCCAUUUAGAAAGGGUCCUUUAAUAAGUAGAAGUCGAUCCUCACAAAGUUCUUUGUCCAAAAGAAUGACAAAUGGAACAGAGGAAUGUGGAAUCUGUUUUAUGAUCUUACCAUCUUCAAUGAUGACUGGUCUCGAAUGUGGGCAUCGUUUCUGUACUGGUUGCUGGGGAGAAUAUUUGACAACUAAAAUUAUGGAAGAAGGAGUUGGACAAACAAUUGCAUGUGCUGCUCAUGCUUGCGAUAUUUUAGUAGAUGAUGCCAGUGUUAUGCGGCUUGUCAAAGAUUCUAAAGUUAAAUUAAAGUAUCAACAUUUAAUCACCAAUAGCUUUGUCGAAUGUAAUAGGUUAUUGAGAUGGUGUCCGUCUCCUGAUUGUAAUAAUGCCAUUAAAGUGCAGUAUGUAGAAGCAAGACCAGUUACUUGCAAAUGUGGACAUAUUUUCUGUUUUCACUGUGGUGAAAAUUGGCAUGAUCCUGUAAAGUGUCAUUUACUCCGAAAAUGGAUCAAGAAGUGCGACGACGAUUCUGAAACAUCAAAUUGGAUUGCUGCUAAUACAAAGGAAUGUCCUAAAUGCAAUGUUACUAUUGAAAAAGAUGGUGGAUGUAAUCACAUGGUUUGCAAAAAUCAAAAUUGUAAAACUGAAUUUUGUUGGGUGUGUCUUGGGCCAUGGGAACCACAUGGUUCUAGCUGGUAUAAUUGUAAUCGCUAUGAUGAAGAGGAAGCUAAAGUAGCUAGAAAUGCACAAGAAAAAUCCAGAUCAGCUUUACAGAGAUAUUUAUUUUAUUGCAAUAGAUAUAUGAAUCAUAUGCAAUCACUAAAAUUUGAGAGUAAAUUGUAUGCCAGUGUGAAGGAAAAGAUGGAAGAAAUGCAACAGCAUAAUAUGUCAUGGAUUGAGGUACAAUUUCUGAAAAAAGCAGUCGACAUUUUGUGUUCCUGUAGACAGACUCUCAUGUAUACUUAUGUCUUUGCUUAUUAUGUGAAAAAGAAUAAUCAGUCUGUGAUUUUUGAAGAUAACCAAAAGGAUUUAGAGAGUGCCACAGAAUGCCUCUCUGAAUAUCUUGAAAGGGAUAUCACAAGUGAAAAUCUCGCAGAUAUUAAACAGAAGGUUCAGGAUAAAUAUAGAUACUGCGAUAGUCGAAGAAAAGUGCUUUUAGAACAUGUCCAUGAAGGGUAUGAGAAGGAAUGGUGGGAUUACAAGGAAUAGAGGAUGUUUUUAGAGUUUCAUUUUUUGGGGUGUGACACAUAAGUUCUCUUCCUUCCCACCUCUGCCCCAGCUGUGAUAAACUAAGAAAGAAAGAGCUAACAAGAGACAGAAAUGGAGUAUGUCACAAAGUGAUAAACGUGUUAUAUGCACUUUAUACAUAAUAUGCUCUGUGGUCACACAUAUAAUAUCGUAUAUGAUAAAUAUUGAACUCGAACUAUUAAAAUUCAAUCCGAUCACCAAACUAAUUGAUUGGACAAUAUUUUAAUUUGAGCUUGCUGUGUGUUGUACAUCAUUGUAGAUUCUUAAUCCUUGAUAAAAAUGCCCAAUUGUUUUAGAUAAUGGUAAGAAUAUUAGUUAUAUUCAUUAAAACAUGCGCAUCAUUAUUAGUCAAAUAUUAUUAUUAACAUAAUUAGCAAUAUGUUAAAAUAACACUCAGCUAAAAAUUUAAUAUUUUAAUGUAUUUUACUGAUGUUAAUCAAUUGCAAUUUUUGAA